AUGUCUAUGGUGUACAAGCAGAAGCUGUAUGGUCCUAAGAUUGUCUGGUUCCUGAUUGGGUGGUAUCCUGACAACUGGUACGAUUCCAUCGAUGAUAAGAAAGUUAAUUGUACUUCCGAACAGCUCAAGGAGGCCCUACAGUAUCAUUUCACCACAGAAGGGAUGAUGUUGAAACCAGAUGACACCCCUUCCAUCUCAGGCAUGACUUCCAAGGAGUUUCUAGCUCGGCUAAACAGAAAACUUACCACAUCUCCACAGCAGACUGCAGGAUACCCGGAAGCUCCCCUCGCCUAUGAUGCUAUAUGGGCCUUAGCUCUUGCUCUCAAUAAAACUCAGGAGAGACUAGCAAGCAGAAAUCUACGCCUUGAGAACUACACCUACGGAAAUGCUGACAUAGCAGAUGAAAUCUACAUGGCCCUAAAUUCAUCUAAUUUUGAGGGACUAUCGGGGACGGUGGCUUUUACAUCGACGGGUGACAGACUGGCCUGGACGCAAAUUGAACAAAUGAUCGAUGGGCAAUACAGAAAGAUCGGUUACUAUGACUAUGCAAACGACAACUUAACAUGGCUUAAUACAAGUGAAUGGCCAGCUACUGGGAUUCCCAAGGAUGGAGUGGAUACGAGUGAAGAGCUGGAGAGGAUAUCAAGACAGCUUUUCAUCUUGGUAUCGGUCCUGGCUGGUGUCAUCAUCUGCUUUGCUCUCUGCUGCAUCGGCUUCAACUUGUGCUUCCAGCAUACAGGAUACAUCCAGUGUUCCCAGCCCCAUGUGAAUAACGUGACGGCCCUGGGGUGCAUCGCUGCCCUCAUCUGCGUCUUCCUGCUUGGUUUUGAUGGUUCCGAGUCAGACUCCUCAGAGAUUGACACUCGGCAGAAACAGGAUGAAUUCUCAAGAAUUUGCCAUUCUAUAGCAUGGUUGAUAAGCAUUGGAUUCUCUCUUGGGUACGGCUCUAUGUUCUCUAAGAUCUGGAUGAUGCAUUCCUUAGUUACUCAGGAGAAGACAGAUAAUGAUGAUGGGAGGAGGAGAAGAAGGAAAGUCAGCCUGCAGAAGAAGAAGAAGAAACCUGUAGUAAAGCAGAAGGUCAACACCUGGAAGAUGUACCUGACGAUAGGGAUCAUCUUCCUCCUGGAUUCCUCCAUCAUCUUGGUCUGGCAGCUGGUGGAUCCCAUGUACCGCACGGUGGAGAACCUCCCCAAGGAGACCUUCCCGGAGGAGGACCUGGAGGUUGUCCCUCAGCUGGAGCACUGUACAGCCAAAAACAUGUCUAUUUGGCUAGGUAUCUUAUAUGGUAUCAACGGCCUACUUUUAAUAUUCGGUCUUUUCUUAGCGUAUGAAACCCGUAACAUGACGGUACGGGAUCUAAAUGACUCAAGAUUGGUUGGCAUGGCCAUAUAUAAUGUUGCUGUAUUGUGUAUUAUUACAGCUCCAGUCACAUUAAUCAUUAAGAGUCAAAAUAAUGCCGUCUAUGGCUUCACUUCAUUCACUAUUGUCUUCUGCUCAGCAAUUACGCUAGCACUCAUUUUUAUACCAAAGGUGGUAUCUAUUGCACAUAAUCCUAAGGGCACAUAUAAUAAGAACACUCAGGGCCUAACAGCACCAUCCAGGGAAGAUGAAGAAAAACAUACAAGAUUAUCAGCAGAAAAUGAUGAGAUCAAGAAACAUAUCAAAGAGCGAGAGGACAAGAUCAAGAUGCUUACGGAUAAGAUCCAACAGAAGACUCGGUCAAUGCCAAAGGGCGUGUUAUCUCCUUCCUCUUCCUCGCCGGGCACUGCCCUACACCAAUCAACCCCCACCACUGCACAAAGAACAAGGACUUCCCUCAGGGUCACUGAUAAGAUCACACCCCCUCACCUCUCAAUGGAGGACAGUGCGUAUGCUUCCAUGGCCGCGCCCACCACCGUCACGCCCAAGCUGAUCCACGGCGAGAAAGUCUCGGGCAUCAACGAGGACGAUCUCUCAGAAACGUACAUCUGAUGAACAGAGACUUCACGUGCAAGAAUCGCUUUUGGUGUGGACAUCCCUGUCCCAAUGGGGUGACUUUUUGAUGCAACACGACGCCAAAGUUGUAUGGAUGCGGGCCUUUCUUAGCUUCCAGAUUGUAAAUUCAAGGAGGAUGGUGGUGCCAUCCUGUAACCCCAGCGGUUUGCCUUGAUGAUUAUGAAGUGAUGGGUUUGAAGAGAAGAGUCUGAGCUAUCUUGUGAUGUGAGACUACAUGUGUUGUCUUGCCGGGUUUAGUAAGCUUUUCCAUCAAUGCCCUGUGAAAGGAUCCAUCCAGAAGCAAGAACAUUCUUCCUGGCCGAUGACCAUGAGGUGAAACAACUACUCCUCUUGUUUGAAGUGCAUCAUCAAGAAGCUUCCGGAGAUCAUUUAUGAGAUAAACUCAUGGUUGCAAGCAAUGUGAGCCUGGAAUAGAAUCUGGAUACGCACAAUAGAAACUGUCCCAAUGCGAAGGUGGGACAUGAUCUAGAUAAACAAAAUAUAAGCCUCAGGAAAUGCCCUAGAAGUUUCUUGGUCAGUCAUUUCAUACUGCAAUCAUUGAGAGACUCUGGAACUCAGAGAACUUCUUUCAGGGGGAAGAGUUAAGAGUAUUGACCUUAUUUGAGUAUCACACUGAAGACCAAAACAUUAUUUAUAAUCAAUACUCCAGUAUACGCUGAAGAAAGUUUUAUGUGAUGACCUCUCAAGUUUUUUUUCAUCACAAGGUCCUUAGAGGCAAUGGGCAGUUACUACAUGGAGUUUUUUUUUUUUUCCUUCAAUUAUUGAACCUUCAAAUUUCAUUGUAAAAAUAAAAUGAACUUAAUACUUUCAGAUAAGCAGAUUUUUUUUUACAGCGAGUUUAACCUAUUUGUUCAUUUUUGGAACAGUGAAAUGUUAUGUAUUUAAUAAGACGGCUGAAAGUCAGAUGCCCCGAUACUCAAUCUUGGCUAUAUUUUUUAGGUACAUGUAGUAUAUCACAUGUCCUUUCUUAACAAUUACGAUGCAGUUCAACACAGAUAUUUGGGUUAUUCCAUUUCUGUUUGGUCAUUUUAUAUUACCACAUUUCUCAGUUUCUAGUCCUAAGGUUUAAAAAAGAAAAAAAAUGUGCUAUAAUUGUCUUGCACUAUAAAGUUGACCAUGAUAUUUAAAGAAAUAUUCAUAUAAUUGCUAGCAAACUGAUUUCAAAUCAUAGAUCAGUCAAAAGUAUGAAUAGGUGGUGUCUCUAAAAGUGAAAACUGACAUCAUCUCUACUAAUUUAGGAUAUUUGAAUAAAA